CUACAGAGGACAGCUCACUUACCCACUAGAUCAGUGGUCGGGGUCACCAAUGUCAUCAGAUGUUCGGCUGCAUGUGUGUUCUCCCUGUGUGCUACCCCAGCUCUGCCCAGACUGCUGGCACAGCAGACCUCGAGCGAACCGCCCAGUGUCCACAAAACCCAUGAAAGCACCUGGCCAGGUUUAUUGUCGAUGAAGCAGAGUAAUAGCACUUGGCAGACUCUAUGAGGAUACUGAGACAUGUGUGCCUGUGACAAUGGACGCAGCUCAGUCAGUGGUGGGACUUUCCACUGCUCCGUAGGCCAGCCAAAGACACUCCCUCUGAGAUACAGCUUUAUACACUGAUACAAACAAAUUGCUUUAGUCCAGGCUUCAGGCCUCUAAUACAAGGCUUUAUGUUUCAGGCCCUCUUCCUACUAAAACAGAGUGACAUGGAAGCCACACUCUUGGAGUGAAAGAGAAGAAGCGACAUUUGAUAAAUGGAAGCCAUGAAGAUACCAAAACUGUUCUAUGGUUUGGGGAUUUUUGCAUGUGUAGCUAUUUAUGUGGUUUAUAUAAAAUGGCAUUUGGACUCCAAACCAAUCUCGGCUAUAAUAGAAGGUGCUACUGAAAGUAGGAGAGACAAACUAGACCAUCAGACUUUGACGACUGAUCAUGCAGUGUUCUAUGGAAUUAUGUUUGAUGCUGGAAGCACUGGAACUAGAAUACAUAUUUUUAAAUUUACACAGAAAUCAAAAGAGACUCCCAAAUUAACCCAUGAAACAUUUAAAGCACUGAAGCCAGGACUCUCUGCUUAUGCUGAUGAUGUUGAUAAGAGUGCUCAGGGGAUACAAGAACUUCUAGAAGUUGCUAAGGAUGAGGUUCCUAUGGAGUUGUGGAAGUUUACUCCUUUGGUCCUUAAAGCAACAGCUGGUUUACGGCUGUUGCCAGGAGAUAAAGCUCAGAAGUUGCUAGAUAAGGUAAAAGAAAUUUUCCAGGCAUCUCCUUUCUUUGUAAGGGAUGACUGUGUCUCCAUAAUGAAUGGAACUGAUGAAGGUAGGCUGAAUUUCUGAGGCAUGUUUUUAUAGUCUUACACAUGAACACUUGUAUAAAUGGGUUGACAAAGUUGCCCCAAUACCACAGCUGGAUGCUCUCGUCCAGACUUUUGCAUCCAAGCUGAGUCACCACUGAUGUCAGUGGAAAUCCACAUGCAUGUGGAUCUCUGAUAGCAGAUCACAUUGCUGGAGUGAGGCCAAUGUUUGAUUUUAAUUUGUGCCAACCAAAUUUAAAAUUGUGCCAACCAAAAAGCUUUUGAGGUUUAACAUUUGACUCCUAAAUAAGUGGCUUGAUUUAAAGUGCUUGAGCACCCAGCAGGUCCAGUUGAAUCAAUGGGAGCUGCUAUGUGCUCAGCACUUCUGAAAAUCAAGCCAUGUUUUUAGUGCCAAAAUAUAGACUUGGAAGUCUAAAAUUAGGCUCCCACUCUUGAAAAUCUUUGCUUUGAGUUGCCUUA